AUGCCCGUCAAAUUAAAGAAACAACUCGGUGUCACUGAUGGAAUCAGCUAUGUUACUGGUUCGAUCAUUGGAUCCGGAAUCUUUAUUAGCCCGUCUCCAAUUUUAGCUGGAGCUGGUUCUUCUACAGGAUUGGCUCUGUGUGUUUGGCUUACAUGUGGUGUGUGGGCUGUACUUGGAUCUCUGUGUUUAGCAGAGUUAGCGAUCCGAGUGAGGAAGUCUGGGGGACUGUAUAUAUUCAUCCUCGAAGCAUUUGGAGAAAAUGUAGCUUUUGUCAGUCUAUGGUUGAGUGAGUUCAUUCUUCGGCCAAUGUCCAUCGUUGUAUCAUCUCUAGCAGCUGGUACUUACAUUCUUCGUCCAAUGUUCCUCGACUGCCCGGACAUGGCAUCAACAGUCGCCAUCAAGCUCCUUGGACUUACUGCUAUGGUUUCCUUCUUGGCCCUGAACUGUUAUAGUGUGAAAAUAACAGCUUAUAUACAGACUGCCGUCACCUUUACAAAGGUUCUGGCAUUGGUUCUCAUUUCAACUUUUGGACUUAUCGCCAUAGCCAGAGGUAUGAUCUGUCCGAUAAGUUUUAGAGGAAUCUCUGUCGUCCAAAAUAAGUGUUCCGUUUUGUUUGCGGUAGCAUUAGUAAUGAAGACAUGUUUCGUAGAUAACAUUGAAAGUGACACAGAAAACCUCCGGGAUCCGUUUGAAACGACUGACCUGACAGCUGGUGGUCUUGUGUUUGCUUUUUAUGUAGGAACAUACGCAUUUAACGGCGGAGAUACAAUCGCCUAUGCAUACGAAGAAUAUGUUAACCCUAAAAGGGUUGUAAUUUACGGUACAGUGGUAGGCCACAUCAUACCGACGAUAAUCUACUUGAUCACCAACAUCGCCUAUUACACCGUGCUGUCUAAGACGGAGAUCCUGUCUGGUGUAGCUGUUGCAGUGGCAUUUGCGGAGAAAUGUAUGGGCGUUCUGAAAUGGUCAAUUCCAAUUUUUGUGGCUAUAUCGACCUCUGGCAUAGUAAACGUCAACACAUUCAAAGGCAGCAGGAGUUUGUUUGUUGCAUCAAGGGAAGGGUAUUUCCCGAAAUACCUGUCUAUGAUCAACGUCACAAAGAAAACAUUGGUACCUGCAAUCAUCACAAUGGGUAUGGUCGCCUGUGUCAUCAUGCUUGGUAUGGAGAUGAUAUCACUUCUAAAGGUGUACUCCUUCCUAAACGCACUUUACUGUUUGGUGGCCAUUGUCAGCAUAUUCAAAUUAAGGAGAACUCACAAUCCUCCGGAUGCAUUACGGUUACCCAUAGUGAUUCCUGUAGCAUACACGUGCCUGAGCCUGUUUAUGACAGUGGCGACCGUAGUCUACAACCCGAGUGUGGUGUUAGCGAGCCUACUGUGUAUCUCCGUGGGAAUUGUUCUGAAAUUAUUGUUAUACAUUGGAUAUUCGAAUGAUUCAGCUUUCCGGAGAUUAUACACCAAAAUACACUGUAAUAUGUUUAGUUUUUACCUUUAUAUGAUUGCGAAUCAAAUACGCCCCCUUAUAAUAUCUGGCUGUGUCUUACAGUGUUUUAAAAUGUUUUAA